UCCUCCGCCGCCAUGGAGAGGGGUCCCCGCGGGAAGACCCAGCCGCCCCGCAGGCAGGCCGCGGAGGCGCUGGGCUCGGAGGGAAGCAGCGGCAGCGGUGGCGGCAGCAGCAAGAAAGCCAAGUUCCCCUUGCACCUCAAGAUUUUAACAGAUGAUGUGUUUGAUAAAUUUUCUAGCAUACGGAUCCCGGGCAGCAAAAAGGACAGGCCGCCUCUCCCACAUCUGAAGCAAUCACAUUGCUCAUCUAGUGAAUGCACCACCCCUGCAGAGAUGGAUGACUUCAAGCCUACGCAUUUGUCAGAUGGAGAGAUCCUUGCACUGUUUGAAAAAAUGAUGGAAGAUAUGAAUUUAAACGAGGAUCGGAAAGCUCCGCUAAGAGAAAAAGACUUCAGUAUCAAAAAGGAAAUGGUGUUGCAGUAUACUAGCGCUGCUUCGAGGCAGGGAAGCCUCAAGAAUAGAAAGCAGAUCUUGCCUCAGGAAUUCAUAUACGAAUUAAAAUCUGGAACCGUGGAUGAAAAACUUGUCAGCUGCCUAGAAUCUCUUCGUGUGUCGCUAACUAGCAACCCUGUCAGUUGGGUUGAGAACUUUGGACGCGAAGGACUCGGAUUAUUAUUGGAUCUCUUGGAAAGACUGGUUGAAAGCAAACAACAGGACAAGUUCCUAAAGAAGACACAGCAUAAGAUAAUUCAGUGCUUAAAAGCUUUUAUGAAUAACAAGUAUGGUUUGGAGAGAAUAAUGAGCGAAGAGAGAAGUUUUUCGUUACUGGCCAAAACAAUUGAUCCCAAACACAUCAACAUGAUGACUGAUGCAGUGAAACUUCUCUCUGCGAUAUGCAUUAUUGGGGAGGAAAACAUCCUGGAAAAAAUCUUGAAAGCCUUGACUACAGAAGCAGAAGCGAGAGGCAUUGACCGAUUUGGCCCGAUUCUGCAGGGUCUCGAGGAGAAUUCAGUCCACCUGCAAAUAGCUUGUAUGCAGUUCAUCAAUGCUCUGGUUACAACUCCUGACGAUUUGGACUUCCGACUCCACAUUCGGAAUGAAUUUAUGCGUUGUGGAUUAAAAGACCGACUGCCGCUGCUGAGAUGCAUAAGGAAUGAAGCGUUGGAUAUCCAGAUGAAAGUAUUCAGUGAACACAAAGAAGAAGAUAUGAUUGAAUUUUAUCACCGCUUAGAUGAUAUCAGAUCAGAAUUCGAUGAUGCAAAUGAUGUUUUUAAUUUAGUGUGGAAUACCGUUAAGGAUACAAGCGCAGAAAACUACUUUCUUUCUAUACUGCAACACCUCUUGCUGAUACGAAAAGAUAAUUUUAUACGACCUUUGUAUUUCAAGUUAAUCGAAGAGUGCAUUUCACAGAUCGUCUUACAUCGAAGUGGUCUGGACCCAGAUUUUAGUUAUCGAAAAAGGCUGGAUAUAAAUUUCAGUCACAUACUGGAUAUCUGUAUUGAAGAGAAGAAAGUGGAAGAACUUGAAGGAAAAGCUUCAGAAUACUUGAAAAAGUUUGAAAAAGAGUUUGUGGCGCACCAAGAGACAAAGGCACGGCUUCAGAAGGCGGAAGAAAAUAUCAGCCUCCUUGAAGGCACCAGAAAACCUUGUAAAAACGAGGAUGGCUCAACCGAUGCUUCACCCCUGACAUCUCUUGAAGGCCCCACAGGUGGGGUCCCAUCCCCCGGAGCUCCCGCUGGAACGAUUCCACCUCCACCUCCUCCGCCCCCUCUCCCGCCUGCCUUUGCUAGUGGAUCAAAAACCAAUCUUCCUGCGGGUAUUCCGCCACCCCCACCUCCGCUACAUGGAUUGCCUGGGGGCCAACGCUCCCCUGCCCCUCAGUCGCUGCCUUUCGGAUUGAAACCAAAAAAAGAAUUUAAGCCUGAGGUGACCAUGAAGAGAGUCAACUGGUCCAAGAUUAGACCCCAGGAAAUGACUGAAAACUGUUUCUGGGUAAUGGCCAACGAUGGGAAGUAUGAAAGCACCGAUUUGCUGUGCAAGCUGGAACUUACCUUUUGUUGUCAGAAAAAUGUGAAAAGAGACGAAGGCUUUGAAGAGAGGAAACCUGUUAAAAAACGAAUCAAAGAACUGAAAAUCCUGGAUCCAAAGAUCGCACAAAACCUUUCUAUUUUCUUAGGGUCUUUUCGAGUACCUUAUGAAGAAAUAAAAAUAAUGAUUCUGGAAAUAGAUGAAGCCCAGCUGUCAGAAUCCAUGAUCCAGAAUUUAAUCAAGCAUCUUCCCGACCAAAAACAACUCAAUGGAUUAGCCAAGUUGAAGAAUGAAUAUAAGAAUUUGUCUGAGCCGGAGCAGUUUGCGAUUGUGAUGAGCAGCGUAACCAGACUGAGACCCCGGUUGGCUGGCAUUCUUUUUAAGCUUCAGUUUGAGGAGCAAGUGAAUAACCUCAAGCCCGACAUCAUGGCGGUCAGCACCGCCUGCGAAGAGAUCAAGAAGAGCCGAAACUUCAGUCAGCUUCUGGAACUUGUCCUGUUAAUGGGGAACUACAUGAACGCUGGAUCGCGAAACGCGCAGACAUUUGGAUACAACCUCUGCUCCUUAUGUAAAUUAAAGGAUACCAAAUCAGCUGAUCAGACGACAACGCUGCUUCACUUCCUGGCUGAGGUCUGUGAAGAGAAAUAUCCAAAUGUUUUGAGUUUCCUUGAGGACUUGCAGCACUUAGACAAAGCGAGCAGAGUUUCAGCGGAGAGCUUGGAAAAGAGCCUGAAGCAGAUGGAAGGGCAGAUCAAGCAACUUGGGAAGGAUUUGGAGACCUUUCCCCAACCCGAAGACCCUCAUGACAAAUUUGUGACAAAAAUGUCCAGCUUUCUCGUCCAAGCAAAAGAGCAGUUCAAGGAACUUUCUACCAUACACAAAAGCAUGGAAAAUCUGUACCGGGAUGUCAUGGAAUAUUAUGCCAUCGAUUUAAAGAAAAUCUCGGUAGAAGAAUUCCUCACUGACUUGAGCAACUUCAAAACGAUGUUCACGGAAGCAGCAAAGGAUAAUAUGAGAAGGAAAGAAAUGGAAGAAAAACAGAGGCGUGCCAGAAUAGCUCAAGAGAAAGCAGAAAAGGAAAAAUUAGAAAGACAACAGAAGAAAAACCACCUGCUUGACAUUAAAACAGAGAAAGACGAGACAGGAGUGAUGGAUAGUCUGCUGGAGGCACUUCAAUCGGGGGCAGCUUUCCGUGAUCGAAGGAAGCGAGCACAAGAUGAACCCCAGAAUUUCAGGCUCUACUUCUACAGCACCUGUUUUGAAACCUUGUAA